ACCGCGCGCGCCGGGGCCCCUCGGAGGUGCGAGCGCGGCGGCGCGCGCCGGUCGUGUUCCCGCGGCCGCGGUCCGGUGCGGGGCAUGGAGCGGAUCCCGGCGCUCGGCCUGGGCACCUGGCAGGCGGCUCCAGGGGAAGUGACAGAGGCAGUGAAAUUGGCCAUCGACGCCGGAUAUCGGCACUUCGACUGCGCCUACUUAUACCAUAACGAGAGUGAGAUUGGAGCCGGGAUCCAGUGCAAGAUCAAGGAGGGUGUGGUGAAGCGGGAGGACCUGUUCAUCGUCAGUAAGCUCUGGUGCACCAGCCAUGAGAAGUCCCUGGUGAAAGCAGCAUGCACCAAGAGUCUGAGGGCCUUGAAGCUGGAUUACCUGGACCUCUACCUCAUACACUGGCCCAUGGGUUUCAAGCCCGGGGUGGAAGACAUGCCUUUGGACCCCAGCGGCAUGGUGAUACCCAGUGACACCGACUUCCUGGACACGUGGGAGGCCAUGGAGGACCUGGUGGUCAUGGGGCUGGUGAAAGCCAUCGGGGUGUCCAACUUCAACCAUGAGCAGCUGGAGAGACUUUUGAACAAACCCAGCUUGAGAUUCAGGCCAGUGACUAACCAGAUUGAGUGCCACCCGUAUCUGACCCAGAAGGACCUGAUCCGUUUCUGCCAGUCCAGAGACGUGUCCGUGACUGCGUACCGGCCCCUCGGCGGUUCCAGACAUCCCCGUCUCCGCAGAACAGAGACUCCUCCCAUCCCGCCCCAGACGAGCCCCGACUCCGGCAGCCCUCGGACCAGACACCUGAAAAUCCGGCCUUCCCAGUCUCAGCAACGUCCUCGGGUCAUUCUGCCGGCGAUCCCAGGCUCUGUCUCUUGGUCUCUUGUUCUCGCCAUCGCUGCCUUGGCUAAGGGGGAGUCCCUGAAAUUCUGUAGCCUUUUCACUCCGGCCAUGUUUGACCGGUUCCGGUUCAUUGUCUACACCACACAUGUAGCCAAAGGGAGUCUCAAAAUGAUCAGGCCACUUUCUUGCUUAAAAACUCUUCAGUUCUUGCGAUGGCCUACGAGUCCCAGCUGGUCUGGCUGCUGCCCAUUUCUGGCCUCAUUUCUUCCUGCAGGCAGUGUGCGCACCGACCCCUGGAAACUACGCGGGUCUCCCGGAAUGGAGCGCGUUCUUUCCAGUCUCUGUGCCUCUGAACGCACUGUUCUCUUUACCUACAGAUCUUGCUUUUAUCCUUUUUUUUCUCUUUUUUUUCAAUUUGGCUAACUCUGAUUUCUAAUAUAUGGUUUGACAGCGUCGCCUCCUCCAGGAAGCUCUCCAGACUCCUGGUAGUCAGGUUUUGUCCAUCGCCCUCAUCAUACUGUCCUAACAUCAAUUCCUUUUCCCACUUGUCAGAGCUGCUUCAGUGCAGGGACAGUGUGUGAUUUGUGACUUCCUGCCAGCCCCUGGCUUAGUGCCUGGGACAGAGCAGGUGCCCUGGGAAGGCUGGAGGUAUUUGUGAUUACCUGUGUAAUCACAGGGGAAGCAGGCACAGG